UUCUGCAAUUUGUUUAUCAGUUUGAGGUUAAGACAAGUUUUGUCUUUUUAUAAGAGUCGCAUAAUGUUGAAUAGAAGAGGUUCUGACAUUGAAACAAACUCGCAACCCCCUCAACCAAUUGGGUUUUUCUUUUUAUCACCACUCUCUUGGGUUUUCCAUCACUCUGUUGAAGAUUUUAUUUAAACGUGUACUUUUCUGUGUGUGAAACUGUAAAGUGAGUUAGGCUAGGACUCAGUGGGUUAAGGUUAAGCUUUUUUUGUUGUUUUCUUUUUCCUAUUAGGAGGAGGAAGGUUUUCUUGAGGAUCCUAUUUGUGUUGUGCAAAUUGAAGAUAUAGAAAGUUUCAAUCUUUUUGAAACAAUUUUUUGUGGGUUUGAGAGAUUUUGAUGAUUAAGUUUAUGGGGUGUAUCAUAUGGAGAUAAUUACCAAUAGUUGAGAGAGAAAGUUGAGUUUUUUUUGGCAAAAAGAGAGAGAAAGUUGAUUUUUUUUAUUUUUUAUUUUUAAAAAUUAGUUGUGUUUGAUUUUAUGAUUAUAUUUCCUGCAUCUGUAACUGUAAGGAUGGCUGUGGCGAGUGUGCCUGCAACAACUCAACGGAUUGUGGUUGAUGAGCCAAUCGAUUUUGCUGGGGGAGAAGUUUUAGAUGAGCCUAAUCUUGCUUUGGUUGAUGAGCCAAUCUAUUUUGCUGUGGCAAAAGAUGUGAAAGAGAGCAAAUUGAAUCUGAUAUGGACAAUACAGCACUCUGGAGGAAAGAGGAUUUGCAUCCUUCACGUUCAUGUGCCUGCAACAAUGAUCCCCAUGAUGGGUGCUAAAUUUUCUGCAAGUCAAAUGAAAGAUCAGGAAGUUCGAGCAUACCGGGAAAUUGAAAGGCAAAGCAUGCAUAAGAUUCUGGAUGAAUAUCUUCUUAUCUGUCAACGGAUGGGGGUGCGAGCAGAGAAACUGCAUAUUGAAAUGGAUAGCAUUGAAAAAGGAAUUUUAGAACUUGUCUCCCAGCAUGGCAUCCGAAAGCUUGUUAUGGGAGCAGCAUCUGAUAGGUACCAUUCUAGGAGAAUGAUGGACCUCAGAUCUAAGAAAGCCAUAUAUGUAUGUGACCACGCUCCACCUUCUUGUCAUAUAUAUUUUAUCUGCAAAGGACACCUUAUAUACACAAGGGAUCGCAGUUUGGAUGAAGGUAAUGUAGAGGUUGCAUCUCCUUCGGUGCAGCAAGUUCCAAACUCUGUGAGACCUUUGAGAUCUCAAACGAUUGCACUGGGGCAAAAUCGUCAGGCAAAUUUAACAAAUCCUGUUCAAGAGUUAUUUCGCAGAGUAAGGUCUGCCAAUGAUGGACAUCGAGUGAGCAUUUCUUCUCCAGAUAACAGUGAAGUGUUUUCAACUCCACGUAGCAGGAUGGUUACAGAAGUAAGUUCUGAUGAAUCAGAUAGGCUGUCGAGGAUGAUGAGCCCUUCAGGUUUGUCAACAUGUUCUGAUAGUACAAUUGAUCCAGCAUUGACCCCAAAUUUGAUUCCUGAGAGCAGUGAGCAUGUAUUAAACUUGACUUUGAGUCGCGUGAAUAAAGAGGAUGUUCGUCAUCCAUCUCCUCCUAGUGUACUGCAGGAUGGUGGAAGGAAUGAUACUCUCUACGAUCAACUUGAACAGGCUAUGGCUGAGUCUGCGAAUGCUACACGAAAUGCAUAUCAAGAAACUUUUAGGCGUGGGAAAGCUGAAAAAGAUGCCUUGGAAGCUAUACGCAGGGCUAAAGCUUCUGAAAGCUUAUAUACAGAGGAGUUGAACCUGAGGAAAAUGGUGGAGGAAGAACUGAAAAACCAAAGAGAAGAACUUGAUAGUAUGAAGAGCCAGAGAGACAAGGUUAAGGAUGAAUUCCAACUUACCCUUGAUCAGAAGUCAUCACUAGAGAGUCAAAUUGCAUCAUUGGAACUUACGAUAAAGGAGUUGGAGCAGAAGAUUAUAUCUGCUGUGGAACUGUUACAAAGCUAUAAGAAUGAACGAGAUGAGUUGCAGAUUCAACGUGAUAAUGCAUUGAGAGAUGCUGAGGAGUUGAGGAAAAAACAAGGAGAGGCCUCAAGCACCCACAUGCCUCAAUUGUUCGCAGAAUUCUCUUUUUCAGAGAUUGAAGAAGCAACAAAUAACUUCAGUCCAUCCCUAAAAGUAGGAGAAGGUGGAUAUGGAAGUAUAUUUAAAGGUAUCCUGCGUCACACCGAGGUGGCUAUAAAAUUGUUGCACGCCAGCAGCUUGCAAGGACCCAUGGAGUUUCAACAGGAGGUUGAUGUAUUGAGCAAGCUAAGGCAUCCCAAUCUUAUCACACUUAUAGGAGCCUGCCCAGAAUCUUGGACUCUUAUCUAUGAGUAUUUACCUAAUGGAAGCCUUGAAGACCGUCUUGCCUGCAAGGAUAAUGCUCCUCCAUUAUCAUGGCAAGCUCGAACUCGCAUUGCUGCAGAACUGUGCUCUGCUCUCAUCUUCCUCCAUUCCUGUAAACCUCACAGCAUAGUGCAUGGUGACGUAAAACCCUCCAAUAUUCUCCUUGAUGCGAACCUUGUUAGUAAGCUUAGUGACUUUGGAAUCUGUCGCAUAUUAUCUCAUCACAAUUAUAGUAAUACUGCAACACAGUUUUGGAGAACUGACCCGAAGGGAACUUUUGUCUACAUGGAUCCUGAAUUCCUUGCUUCAGGGGAACUUACUCAAAAGUCAGAUGUUUAUUCAUUUGGAAUCAUAUUAUUAAGAUUGUUGACUGGGAGACCAGCUUUGGGAAUAACAAAGGAAGUGCAAUAUGCAUUAGAUACCGGAAAGUUGAAAUCGUUAUUGGAUCCUUUGGCUGGAGACUGGCCAUUUGUGCAGGCUGAACAGUUGGCUCACUUGGCUUUGAGGUGUUGUGAGAUGAACAGAAGAAGCCGGCCAGACCUUAGUUCAGAUGUCUGGAGGAUACUGAAUUCAAUGAGGGCUUCUUCUGGAGGCACAAACUCCUUUGGACUAAGUUCUGAAGGGCUUUGUGAACCUCCUUCAUAUUUUAUUUGUCCAAUCUUCCAGGAAGUCAUGCGAGAUCCACAUGUAGCUCCGGAUGGUUUUACUUAUGAAGCUGAGGCUAUAAGAGGAUGGCUUGACAGUGGUCAUGACACUUCACCAAUGACAAAUUUGCAGCUUGCACAUCACAAUCUUGUUCCCAACCGUGCUCUUCGCUCUGCAAUCCAGGACUGGCUUCAAAGUAGCUGAUCAAGCUUAUUAUUUUUCUCUGCCCAUUUUGAUUAAACUGUAUAUCUACCUGUUUAUAACAUGUCUAGUUGAAGAAAAGUUGUCAUUACAUUCUUUUUUACCUUCUAUAAGUUUUGUUUCUUGUAGCUCUUUUAAGAUAUGGAAUCACAAUUUAUACCUAUCCUCUUGUAUACCUUAUGUAUAACCACGUGAUUAUCUUGAGUCGUUUGUAAAGUACACAUAUUAUAACAUAUAUGUUAGAAUAGUUUUU